AUGGAGCCCUCUCCUCUCACCCAGCAAGCCCGCCCCGAAGUCUUUCAACAAAAAGUGGUUGCUCUGUACGAGGAGCUCUUCAAGGAUGAAGAAGAUCAUGAGAAGACAGAGGGAUACUGGAAGGAAUUCUUUCUGCUGAAGCCGGACAAAGCGACUCUGCAGAAACUGAUUGGAGAAUUGAGUCCAGACGACUUAUUGCAUCUGCAGGUGCAAACUCGACAGCUGUUUACUAGAGCGGUAGGACGCGUCAAAGCAGGAAGUGCUCCAGCAGAUGCGCAUGCUCUCGAUACCAUCACAGCUUUCCUCACCUCGGUCCUCUCGAAGAAGUAUACCAAUGCGAGCUCAGAUAUAAUAAAUGUCCUGGCAGGGUUGGAUGAGGUAGAUGCUGUUUUCACGGACUUUGUUGCUGCGCUGGACGUCACAAUAAGGACUGGCAGAAGCUUGGAUAUUCGGCAAAAGGCAAUUGAGGUCGCUUUGUCGGUCGUAUCGGGUGCAUACCAGACGAGCCUGCUCUCUUACUUCACCCAUCGCGAUUUAUUCCCUUCUCUCAUGAAAUAUAUUCAAGAUUCAGAUACCACUUCCCGCGCAUUCGAACCCUUUACCCUCCUCGGCCUCCUUGCCAAUUACAACAAAUUCGAAUUUCAGAACCCUUACAGAUUACGACUUGAUGAUUUUGUGAAUGAAGGCACAAUACAGAAGAUAAUACGAUCUGUGGGACAAACGGGCUCGAAUUCCCGAAGCAAAUAUGUGGCUGUUCAAGAGGAUCUGCCAGAGGGAUGGUCAAUCAGUGGUACUCUGAGCCUGAUUGGAUUGGGUGCCAUUGCUCCAGGGGGCGCGAAGCCUGUGGCCCCAGUUAUUGAUCCUGAAGUUGCGAAAGAAAUGUUUUCGAAACUUCCUGGAAGCGAAGCAGCUGUUCUGCUUGCAACAUAUGACUUUGCACAUGCAAACAAACUAUUCUGCUUCAAUUUUGUCUCUUUACCAGCCGAAAAGGGCCUUGAAGCUCCUAUCAGCAGCUUCAUUUCACUCACAUCAUAUCUGCUACAACAUGCUCAUACGUCUUUGAGAAAUACGCAAUACUCACAUCUCAAUCUACUCAUCAUACGGUUGCUGAUAGAAGACCAAGUCCUUUGCAAACGGAUAUGUAGCGAUGAAAGCAAAAUGCCAGUUCGGCUAUGUCGACAAAGAUCACCAUAUUUACCUUUGGUUCGUGGUGACAGAGUGCUUGCAGCGAGCCUCCUGGAUACGAUGAUUGAUGGAAUUAACCACAAUUUACGGCGGCGUCUAGAUGUGGAGCUUUACAUUGUCUGUGUUGGAAUUAUAUUGAGAAUCAUAUCUCAUCUGUCGAGAUCUCGAACACGGCUCAACUACCAUUGGUCAGAGUUAUUCAGGUCACUCCUGUCCCUUGUUCGCUUCCUGACCACCUACCAAGCGGAUUUGAAGAGCUCAAUGCAUAUCGAAACUCUUCUUGACGAUCUCGUCAAUCUGAUCGCCUUGUCGCUUUCAGCAGGCGAGUCCUUCCUGCCGACACCAGCGGCGUACGACGAUCUGUUCUACAAGCUAGUAGAAACAGGCGAGAACUUGGUGAAAUUCAGAGACAGUUACGACCUGGGGAAACGACCGACGAGCUCGAUAGAUACGUUGAUUAGUGUCAGCACACACUACAAUCAACUCUUGGAAGACGGCGCAUCCAGACGAGGAAAGCAUCUUACGAGUGCACAAGUUGCAGGUGUGAUCAAACAAGGAUAUGAGACUCUAAGCAUUCAAGCGAAAGAGGGAUUGGAUAGUUGGGACAAGUAUCGCGAGGCGGAUAGGAGGACCUUCUUAAAGAAGAUGGCGAGAACGACGGUUGGCGAUGUCAAGACUUUUAUUAGCGAGACUUGA